AUGUUACUCGUUAGAUUGAGAUAACUAAGGUUACCUUUACUCAAAAUGUUCUUAUUUAAUCAAUUUUAAUUAAUCUUAUUUCUUUAUUAAUUAUAGAAUCAGAUAAAAUUAUAAAUAUUUCACUUUAAAAUAUUUAAUAUUAAGAAAAUUUUCUCCAUUUUUAUAUUAAUAACAGCAAUAAGUGAAACAGAUAGCCUAUUGUACGUCUCCUCAUCAUUAAAUUUAAAAACCAUUGUAAAUUUGUUUUGUAAAAAUAAAGCAUUCACUCAUUCUACAAAUGUUUUUAUUACAUUAAUUUUACUGAUUUUAUAUUUUUAAAUUAUACUAUAAAUAGCCACAACUUUCUAUCUUAAUAAUUAUGGGCUAAUAUUAUGAACUGUAAGUUAACGAGAGUCUAAAUCUAUAAAAUCUAAAUGAAAUUAUUUUCUAAAUUUUAUAGAUCAAAAAUAUUGGACGAGCAUGAUAAUUUUCAUUACAAAGUAUUACUUGUAUAAAUUGCACAUUUUCUCAAAUUCUUGCUUUAUAAAGUUCGAUUUUUGAUAUCACAUCUACUGAAAAAGGCUCAAUAAAUUUACUAUUCCUAUAGAUUUAAUAGAGAAUAAUUUAUUAUCAAUUGA